AUGCCUCCCUUCCUCGUCGUCUUCAUCCUCCUCCUCCUCCACACAACGUCCUCCUCCGCAUCCCCAGAGUGCGACGUCUACGCCCUUGGGAAGCUCAAGGCUUCCCUCGUCACCACCAGCAACGCCACCGCGCUCGGAGACUGGGAUCCGGCCGCGCCCUCGCCUGCACACUGCUCCUUUUCUGGCGUGACCUGCGACGCCGGCGCGCGAGUCGUCGCCAUCAACAUCACGGCCCUGUCGCUGCACGGCGGGACGCUGCCCCUGGAGCUGGAGCUGUUCGACGCGCUCGCCAACCUCACCAUCGCGGCGUGCGGCCUCCUGGGCCACUUCCCGGCUUCCCUCCACGCUCUCCCGUUUCUGCGCCACCUCAACCUCUCCAACAACAACCUCACCGGCGCGUUACCCUCCGGCCCUGGCCACCGCUACUUCCCGUCCCUCGAGCUCCUGGACGUCUAUAACAACAACUUGUCCGGCCCGCUGCCAUCCUUCGGCGCUGAGCACGCGGUGACCCUCCGAUACCUGCACCUCGGUGGCAACUACUUCUCUGGCGUGAUUCCCGACGAUUACGGCGACUUGGACAAACUCGAGUACAUCAACCUCGCCGCCAACUGCCUCUCCGGCCUCGUGCCGGCGUCUCUAGGGAGGCUCAAGCGGCUGCGGGAGAUGUACAUGGGCUACUACAACCAGUUCGACGGCGGCAUCCCGGCAGAGUUCGGGGACCUGGAGGCGCUCGUGCUGCUCGACAUGAGCAGCUGCUGCCUCACAGGCCCCAUACCGCCAGAGCUCGGCCAGCUUAAGCUGCUCAACACGCUCUAUAUGUUUCUGAACUGGCUGUCUGGGGAUAUACCGCCGGCACUGGGUGAGCUGAAGAAUCUUGCAUUGCUGGACCUCUCUAUGAACGAGCUCGCCGGCAAAAUACCAGCGAGUCUGGCCAAGCUUACAAACCUGAAGCUUCUUAACCUUUUUGGGAACUACCUCCAUGGCGUAAUACCGGAGUUCGUCGCCGACCUGCUGAACCUUGAGGUGCUGCAGCUCUGGGACAACAAUUUCUCCGGUCAUCUCCCAGCUGGACUUGGCAAGAACGGCGGUCUCAAGAAGCUGAACGUGGGCAACAACAAUCUCUCCGGUCAUCUCCCAGCCGGGCUUCGCAAUUACAGUCUGAAGACGCUGGACGUGUCCUACAACCACCUCACCGGUCAUCUCCCACCAGACAUCUGCACAAGCGGGAACUUGGAGAAGCUCGUGCUCAUGGAGAAUGUCUUCUUUGGACCCAUCCCCGUGUCGCUCGGCGACUGCAAAAUGCUCCGGCAUGUCUACCUGAAUAACAACUUUCUCAGCGGUCCAAUCCCUUGA